GUACCACAGGCGGCCGCUGGGGGCGGGGCGGAGCCCUGCAUCCCGCUCCGCUGAAAGAUGUGAAAAUGGCGGAGCUACAAAUGCUUCUGGAGGAGGAGAUCCCAGCAGGACGAAGCGCUCUCCUGGACAGUUUCACCAACUUGGAAAGAGUAGCAGAGUACUGCGAAAGCAACUAUGUCCAGUCUCCAGACAAGCAGAGGGCGCUGGAGGAGACCAAGAACUACACCACCCAGUCCCUGGCCAGCGUGGCCUACCUGAUCAACACGCUGGCCAACAACGUGCUGCAGAUGCUCGACAUCCAGGCGUCACAGCUGCGCCGCAUGGAGUCCUCCAUCAACCACAUCUCACAGACGGUGGACAUCCACAAAGAGAAAGUGGCGCGGCGAGAGAUCGGCAUCCUCACCACCAACAAGAACACGUCCCGCACGCACAAGAUCAUCGCCCCCGCCAACCCAGAGAGGCCCGUCCGCUACAUCCGCAAACCCAUCGACUACAGCCUGCUGGACGACAUGGGCCACGGCGUCAAGUGGUUGCAAAGGUUCAAGGCCAGCGCUCAGAACAUGAAAGCCGGAGGAGGUGCCCUCCCUCGCACCAACCCCCCCACACAGAAGCCCCCCAGCCCGCCCAUGUCAGGCAAAGGGACCCUUGGGCGCCACUCCCCCUUCCGGACGCUCGAGCCGGUGCGUCCGCCCGUUGUCCCUAACGACUACGUCUCGAGCCCGACGCGCAACAUGCCGCACCCCCAGCAGAGCCCCGCACGCACUGCAUCCGUUAAUCAGAGGAACCGCACGUACAGCAGCGGGAGCAGCGGGGGGAGCCACCCCAGCAGCAGUCGCAGCAGCAGCAGGGAGAACAGCGGCAGCGGCAGUGUGGGCGUGCCCAUCGCCGUGCCAACGCCGGCCCCGCCCCCAGUCUUCCCAGGUGCAGCCCCUCCCCCACCCAACACGGCCAAAUCUCCCCCUAACACUGCCACCACCCCCGGGCCGCCUCCUCCUGUCCUCGACGGCCCCCAACAAGCCCCCAACCCCCCCGUAGAGAUUCCUCCUGUCCCCCCACCCCCUCCUCAGCUCCCCGCCUCCAUGGCCCCCACAAGCACCGGCCCCGCUCCUUAUGGCAACCCCGCACAAGGUGCGCCUCAGUUCUACAGCAUGAACCGCCCAGUGCAGCAGCCCCAGAACCCCCAGGUGGGGGGGUCCCUGCCGUUCCGCCGGCCGUCGUCUGUCACAGGCCAGCCCAACGCGGCCCACCACAACCAGAGCCAGCUCAACGGGGGUCCGCACUUCGUCCAGAACCCAGCGGUGCUAGCAGGCUCACACGCGCCCCCUCCCCCAUCCAUGCAGAUCACCCCCCAGCUGCCUCUCAUGGGCUUCGUGGCCCGGGUUCAGGAGACCAUCUCAGACGUUCCGCCUCCGCCUCCACCUGCCGACGAGCCGGUGUUUGAGGAGCCCACACCGCCUCCUCCUCCACCUGAGGACUACGAGGAUGAGGAGGAGGAAGAGGAGUCGGCAGUGGUGGAGUACACCGACCCCUACGCUGAGGAAGACCCACCGUGGGCCCCACGCAGCUACCUGGAGAAAGUGGUGGCCAUUUACGACUACACCCGCGACAAAGAGGACGAGCUGUCGUUCCAGGAGGGCGCCAUCAUCUACGUGAUCAAGAAGAACGACGACGGCUGGUUCGAGGGAGUAAUGAACGGCACCACGGGCCUCUUCCCCGGCAACUACGUGGAGUCCAUCAUGCACUACGCCGACUGAGCAGCGCUCCUCUGUUUGUGAGCAGCAGCGGGUGGAGACCUGGAUCAGACAGAGCAUGAUCUCCAUCCCUGCCAAGCCGUUCUAAAGAACACGACAAACUGGGAUCAUUCUUCCCACAUAGUUGUCGCCAUUGUAAAGCAGCCACUGCUCUAGGUAUAUCCUUGUUCUGUUUCUUUAUUUGACCAAGCAGGAGUGUUGUUCCGUUAUAAAGCCACUACAUACUGUUCUGUUGUUUACCCAUUUUAACAAAUAUUUAUUAGUAGUCGGAGAAAGGGCUGGAGGAAAAUGCCUUCAUGGUUAGAUUUCUCCUCAACGCUCCUGAGACAACCAGAUCCUCAAUAAGUGGGAGGUAUGGGGGGGGGGGGGGAUUUCCAGAUUUGCAGUCAGGUACCUCAGGGAUGGUGCCAAAGCUGAGCAGGACAAGCACAUGGGAUGUCUCAGCGCGACAUCUGUAGGCAAACGAGUGCUUUAAAGUCAGACUUCUGAUUAUUUUCUGUGAAGUUUAUUUGAUGAAACGUAGCGUUUCAGGCAGGCGGGUUGAUCCACGCUUCACAAGCCGACAUGCAGUGUUUGAAGUGAAGGAAUCCUCAUCCAGCCCUGACAUAAUGCAAGAGUUUUAGAAGAGCAGCGUUCUUUUUUUGUUUGUUUUCUGGAGUUUUAAGGGUUUAUUUUCUGGUUUUGCUUGCAGUGCGUCAGGCUGCAUGUUUUCUUUCCUAUUGAUUAUCGUCUUAAUAUUUUCAGAUCUGGUGUGGUUUGGUUUUCUAUAUUCGCCCUCUACGCAGACGACAACGUCAUAUCUCGGUCAUCUCUCAGACGCUUGUGCCAUAUUGAAGUGUGUGUUGCUGUUCAGAGGUUUUCUAUCACUCCAUUUGCAAUAAACUUGCCGGGGGAUGGAGGGUUGGACUGGUACUGAAAUGCAAAACUUUCUCAGCUUUCCCCUCCAAGUUGUUUUAGAUCAAAAGCACAUACGUUUCUACUAAAACGUGUACAAGAAGAAAUAUUAUAACUGUGAGAUGUAUUAUGUCUUCACAAAGGGACUUGUUGAAUAUGAAAAGAAGCCAGCUGUUGUGUUGAAAUGGUUUUAGCGGCCAUACUAAGAAAAAAAAAAUCACUUGUCCUCCGUAUAGUUAAAUACGCUUGGCCGUUGGGUGUUUCCACCAUGUCGGAAUCUUUAUUUUUUAUCUUAAAUGGAGAAAAAAAAAAAGAAAUAAGUGGGUCUGAAUGUGAGUCUUGCAUGCCAUUGUUCUUAUGUGUAAACUUACAUGGCGAGGUCACCCAUCUGUAAGAAAAAGACAAGCAGCCCUGACCAGUAACAACCAGCCUCGUCCAAAGAGACUGUCCAAGUUCAAGCCCACGUCCGAGGAGUGUCUCUGACCUGAACGUAGCCGUCAUCGCAUCACCGUGGACCAUUAUGUGUAAGCUGCUAGUGAAUCCAGCAGGCAGGAUGUUACGUAACACUACAUGGAUGACACUGAGCGGUCAAACCUACAUGUAAGGCCUUUGGCCCGCAGGAUUCACAACCUUCUGGAGUCACGGACGUCCCUCAGGAUGUCAGGUUAACAGUCCAUAAUGCCAUUGUGUUGCACAGUUAAAGUUGAAUUGCAGAAGUAUCAUAUUUGUAAAAUCAUGAGAACAAAGACAAUAAAGUUAUUAAGUUUACUGGU